ACACAAGCUUAAUUUAUUUUUAUAGCUUAUUCUAAUAAAACCUCCGUUUCGGCUACGAGCUGCCUUUGUCUUUCCCUACCCAUAAUGGCGGACCUGCGGCAGUCUUCUCCGGCUAAGCGGAAACUUCCCUUCAAGCGCACGGCUAGGCGCAAAUCAACCGAGGUGGCAGAUGAUGGACUCUCCCUCUUCAGCCGUUCUGGCGAAUUCUUUGAAGAACAGCAGAGACUUGCUAAAGAGAAGGCAGAAAAGGAGAAGGCUGCGAGGGCAGCUAAAGAGCAACAAGAGCGAGAGGACCGAUUAAUCCGUGAGCGCAAAGCAGAACAAGACACGUUAACUAAAAUUCCCACCCACGACCAAGGAUCUCCGCAGAAACGCCGUCGUAUCUCGCUUCCUGACGAAGAGGAAGGUAAAGAUAGUGAUGACGAUAUCUUCGGCUACAAACCCACCAAGAAGCAGAAGUCUCCUUCUGUACCUUUUACACCCGAUUCUAAGCGAGAGAGCCCAUACGUUACUAGUACGAAGGGGUCCGAAGGAUCAAGAAGACAUGGAACUCGCUCCCAAUCGGUGAACGUUAAUGCGCCCGUGAUCUCUUUAGACGACGAUGACGACGGUGAUCCCACCUUCGAGACUGAUCAGGACGUAGUUACACUGGACGAUGAGAGCGACUCUCAAGCCGAAGUGGUUAAAGAGCAAAAGGAAGGCGAGGAAGAGGAUCCUUCCGAGUACUAUGUUAGGAUCGCGAUGGAACGGGCGCAAAAAGCCAAGGAAGAACGGGAAGCAAGAGAAAAAGGAGGCGACGGUUCGAUAGGGGUCGCAGAUGAUCCAGUCGUGCAGAUCCUUAUUCAUCCUCACCUAGCCGGCGUUCAGACGUUAAUGUUUAGGCGUAAAUUAUCGCAAAAAUUGACCGUGGUUUACCAGACGUGGAUCGAGCAGCAAGUAGCUAAACAUUGCCCGAUACCACGUUCUGUGUUGGAUACCAUGUUCUUCACCUGGAGGGGAAACAAGGUGUAUCCACACACAACCCUACAGACGUUGGGCAUUAAACCGGAGCGCGAUGGUACGCUAUAUCCGAGCUGGAAGGAGGACCAAGAAGGAUAUCACGGGCGAGACAAGGUCUUCUUCGAAGCGUGGACGCAAGAGCUCUAUGACGAGUACUUGGAAGAAAAGGAGAAACAGCGACUACGUGACCUAGGGGAGUUGAUUGACGAGGAGCCCGAAGAAAAACAAGAACCAGAGCAAUCGCAAACGUCCCAGGAAGACCAGAAGAUCCGCGUGCUCUUCAAGGCGAAAGAUCAGCAGCCCACGAAAGCGACAGUCCGCUCCAGCACCACAGCUUCUCAGCUGACCAAGCUGUAUCGACGACUCGCGAACAUCCCGGGGGACAAGACUAUCGAGCUUCAUUGGGAUGGCGAAGUCUUGGAUUCGGACACCACAGUGGGAGAGGCGGAUAUCGGAGAUAUGGAUUCCCUCGAAGUCCAUAUCAAGUGAGGUGACUACCGGACCGAGAGGGGGUUAUUAUCCUUGCAAACGAGGAAUCAAGUCUUGGUAUUUAUCAUAUGACGAAGGUAGGAGAGGCAUGCUUGAUGAUUAACACACGCCCAUCACGAAAUAUAACAUCUAGCUCAUGAUACCUAUGAUAUUUCUUAGAGGCUUAGUGGCUCUACUAAGAGACACUUUUCUCAUGUCUCAUAAUCUACGAAGUACAAAUAAAACCUGCUUUGAUUCCAGACCAGAACGCCGUCCCAUGAGAUGCAAAAUCCACCCGAAAUUAAAACCUCUCCUUCAUCCUCGCGGAUACGGUGCGUAGAUUGUUGUACACCUUGCCGGGAGGCUUACCCAAUAUUAGACUGACUAUAGAUUCACGGGCUAUGUGGAUGUUCUUAAAUCCUAUAUUCCAAUGUGUU